CGGGGGAGUGGCGCGCCGGGAGCGGGGCCGAGGCCGGAGCGGGGCCGGGGCCGGAGCCGGAGCCGGAGCCGGGGUCGGGGCCGGGGCCGGGACCGGGGCCGGGACCGGAGCGGGCGGCGGGAUGGUGGACAGCGUGUACCGGACGCGGUCGCUGGGGGUGGCGGCGGAGGGGCUGCCGGACCAGUACGCGGACGGGCGGGCGGCCCGCGUGUGGCAGCUGUACAUCGGGGACACGCGGAGCCGCACGGCCGAGUACCGCAGCUGGCUCCUGGCGCUGCUCCGCCAGCACCGCUGCCGCUCCGUGCUCGACGUGGCCUGCGGCACCGGGGUGGACUCCAUCAUGCUGCUGGAGGAGGGCUUCCAGGUGACCAGCGUGGACGCCAGCGACAAGAUGCUCAAGUACGCGCUGAAGGAGCGCUGGGAGCGGCGCAAGGAGGAGCCCUUCGACCGAUGGGUCAUUGAGGAGGCCAACUGGCUCACGCUGGAGAAGGACCUGGAGAAGCCAGGGGACGGGUUCGACGCCGUCAUCUGCCUGGGCAACUCCUUCGCGCACCUGCCUGACUUCAAAGGGGACCAGAGCGACCACAAGCUGGCCCUGAGGAACAUCGCCAGCAUGGUGCGGCCCGGGGGCGUCCUGGUCAUCGACCACCGCAACUACGACCAUAUCCUGGCCACGGGCUGCGCGCCACCCGGCAAGAACAUCUACUACAAGAGCGACUUGACCAAGGACAUCACCACCUCGGUGCUGCUGGUGAACAACAAGGCCCACAUGGUGACCCUGGACUACACCGUGCAGGUCCCCCCGACGGAGGCGGGGGCCUCCCCGGAGCUGAGCAAGUUUCGGCUCUCCUACUACCCGCACCGGCUGGAGGCCUUCACGGCGCUGCUGAAGGGUGCCUUCCAGGGGAAGUGCCAGCACAGCGUCCUGGGUGACUUCCAGCCCUACACGCCGGGGCAGGCCCACAUCCCCUGCUACUUCAUCCACGUCGUGAAGAAGACAGCAUGAGGGGGCUGCGGAGAUGGGACUUUGGCGGUGGAGAGCUCCGAGCAGCUCUGGGGACAAGCAGGGGGCUGGGGACAUCGCCGUGACCUGCCUGGGAGCUCCCUCCUGUUAAUUAAGAGCAUCUGUGAGAGCUACCGGA